AUGAAGCUGGGACGUACGGCAUUGUCCCUCAUUGGAAACGCAAAUGCGCGUCCUGCCAAUACGCAUGUCGUCCAUGAGAAGCGGAAUGGCGCUGUUCAAGGCUGGACAAUUACCGGUCGCGCAAACGCCGAUAUCCCUAUCAAUCUCCGCAUUGGCUUGGCUCAGCAGAACCUCCAUCGUGCAGAUGAGUUUAUGAAUGAAGUAGCGCAUCCUGAAUCGGAGUUCUAUGGCCGUUUUUGGAGCCCGCAAAAGGUUGUCGAGAUGUUUGCGCCAUCUGAAGAUACAGUACUGGAGACGGUCGAGUGGCUUCUAGAGUCCGGGGUGGAGAGCAAGCGUAUUUCCCAGAGUGCCAGCCGCAACUGGGUCAAAGUUAAGACCACCGUUGGGGAGGCUGAGCGUCUUCUUCAUACUAUAUACAACGUGUACGAGAACGAAGAUGGACUUGAGCUCGUCGCAUGCGAGUCUUAUAGCGUUCCUGCGGAUAUCCAGAAGCACAUUGAUCUUGUUGCGCCCACGAUCGAAUUUGAUGAAAGAGGAGCUACGGUGCGCCAGCGCGGUGUUAAGAGGCGACUUGAGGGUAACAGCUAUGGCAUCGUCGAGUUCGCGCCUCAGUCGUAUAAUCAGACAGAUCUCAACGGCUUCUUUAGUACAUAUACCAACAUCCCGAAUGACACUGCCCCUAUCGUCAAUGGCAUCGAUGGUGGUUAUCUAUCUUCAGAAGAAGGUACUGAUACCCGCGGGGAGUCCAAUCUCGAUCUCUGCUAUGCAAUCGGUCUGGUAUAUCCUCAGAAUGUCACACUGUAUCAGGUUGGUGACGCCGUGCUCUGGCAACCAGCAACUUACAACAACUUCCUCGAUGCCAUUGACGGUUCCUAUUGUUCAUUUGAGGGGGGUGAUGACCCUACUUGGGACACUAUUUAUCCUCACGAUAAUACUACUGUUGGAGCUUACACAGAAGAGCCAAUGUGCGGCACCUAUGAUGCUACAAACGUAAUCUCUGUUUCUUAUGGUCGGACCGAGAGUGCGCGCCCAACAAGUUACAAUGCUCGUGAGUGCACUGAAUACUUGAAGCUUGGACUGAUGGGUGUCACUGUGAUGUACUCCUCCGGAGAUACCGGUGUCGCUGGUAUCCAAGGACGGUGCCUCAACCCGGACGGCUCCUGGACGCCUAUCGGGGGAGGUUAUGGAAGAUUCAAUCCUUUAUUUCCUGCUUCAUGCCCCUGGGUCACAUCUGUCGGCGGAUCUGCCCUUCCUCCCAAUGGUACCAUUAAAGACCGCGAGACUGUAGCCUGGGAAUUCGCCCCUGGUGGUGGAUUUAGUAAUGACUUUGAAAUGCCGUCCUAUCAAGCAGCAACUGUGAAGAAAUGGUUCAAGGAGCACCCGACCACUUACAACUCAACUCAGUUCAAUAAUACGCAAAAGGCAAGAGGCUUCCCAGACAUUGCUGUGGCUUCUCAGAACUACGUCACCGGCAUCGAUGGCGGAUUUCUAGCAUUCACCGGCACAUCCGCGGCCUCCCCUACAUUUGGAUCUAUGAUCACCCUCAUCAAUGGCGAACGUAUCAAGGCCGGAAAAGGUCCCGUGGGCUUUAUCAACCCUGUGCUAUACGAGCAUCCAGAGAUCUUCGAUGACAUCGUUGAGGGAGACAAUCCUGGCUGUGGCACUAGUGGAUUUAGUGCUGUCGAAGGUUGGGAUCCAGCGAGCGGUCUUGGUUCACCAAACUACAAGAGGUUGUUGAAAGUCUUGUUGAAUCUGCCUUGA